UCGAAUUGGACGGUUGCCAGCUCUACCCAUGAUAAAUGAAUUUUUAAGUUUUUCGAUGGUCCGGUUCUCCGAAUCAAGUUGCUUGUCAGCACGUGGUCAAACGGUCCGCGCGCCGCCUCAAAGGCGUAUAAGGUGCGCGUUAUAGCGGAGACGGCGAAAGCAUGCUAGAUUGUUACGAUAGGCCAACGGUGUGGGUGCUUUUAUGCCGCCUCCGACGCGAUGUUACGCGAACUGACAACGUCAUCAACAACGAGGAUUUAAGAGGUUCGGCAGCAUGUUUUACACUCGUAGAGUGUUAGAAAUAUGAACAGUUCAGUUAUAUGGAUCCUGGUGACCAUAGGGUUCACAACGUCAAUCGUCCUGUCACUCCCACCUGUUGUUAAAAUCGGGGCAAUAUUUACGGAAGACCAAGAAAACAGUGCUGUCGAAUUAGCCUUCAAGUAUGCCGUCUACAAGAUCAACAAGGACAAGAAGCUCCUGCCACGCACGUCGCUGGUGUACGACAUCCAGUACGUGCCCAGAGAUGAUAGUUUCCAUGCAAGCAAACGAGCUUGCAAGUUGGUCAAUUUCGGGGUGCAAGCAAUGUUCGGUCCAUCAGACCCAGUGCUGGGUGCCCACAUACAUUCAAUAUGCGAUGCCUUGGACAUCCCUCAUUUGGAGGCCAGACCAGACCUGGAAUCUGAAUUCAGAGAAUUUGCUAUCAAUUUGUAUCCAGCUCAACAUUUGCUCAACGCUGCUUUCCAAGACGUGAUGGCGUUUCUGAAUUGGACCAGAGUGGCCAUUGUGUACGAGGGAGAUUACGGGAUAAUAAAGCUGAGGGAAUUAAUUAGGGCAACCAAUACGGAUCUCGAAGUCCACUUACGGCAAACUGAUCUCGAUUCCUACAGAGCUGUCCUCAAGGAGAUAAAAACCAAAGAAAUACACAAUGUUGUAAUUGACACGAAGCCCGAAAAUAUGCCGCAUUUCCUGAAAGGGAUUCUUCAGCUGCAGAUGAACGAUUAUAAGUACCAUUACCUUUUCACCACCUUCGAUUUGGAAGCGUUCGAUCUGGAAGAUUUCAAAUACAACUUCGUCAACAUGACUGCCUUUCGAGUUGUGGACACUCAGGAUUUGUCUGUUAGAGAGCUUUUGAGAGACAUGGCAGCAUUCAGAUCUGGCAGACCUGACCUGCUCCCCGUUUUGAAUUCAUCUUACAUCCAGGCAGAAGCUGCCCUCAUGUACGACUCUGUAUACGUGUUCGCCCUAGGACUUCAAACUUUGGAGCAAUCGCACUCCCUGGCGUACCCCAACGUAUCUUGUGAUAGAGAGCAGCCUUGGGAUGGGGGGUUAAGCCUCAUUAACUACAUAAACAUGGUUGGUUUAAAAGGUCUAAGCGGUCCUAUAGAGUUCAAGGAGGGUAGACGUAUUCAGUUUAAGCUAGAUCUACUGAAACUAAAACAACAUUCCCUGGUGAAGGUAGGUGAAUGGCGUCCAGGGUUUGGAGUGAAUGUAACAGACCGAGGGGCCUUCUUUGAAGCUGGUACUACCAACGUUACCUUGGUGGUGACGACAAUAUUGGAAACUCCAUAUGUAAUGAUGCAAAAGGACAAAAGCUUCAAGGGAAACAGCAGAUUCUAUGGAUUUUGCGUUGAUAUCUUGGAAAGAAUUUCCAAAAAAGUUGGUUUCGACUACAUUUUAGAUCUGGUGCCUGAUAAGAAAUAUGGUGCCAGAGAUCCUGAAACUGGUAGAUGGAAUGGCAUGGUGCAACAGCUUACAAUGCAUGAACAACCCUACGUAAUGAUGAGAACCGACCCUUCCCUAAUAGGUAAUGACCAGUUUGAAGGCUUCUGCAUCGAUUUGCUAAGAGAAAUAGCUUCCAUGGUGGGCUUCGAAUAUAGAAUAGAGCUAGUGCCAGAUGGCAAGUAUGGUGUGAUAGAUUUAGAUACAGGAGAAUGGAAUGGAAUCGUUAAACAGUUGAUGGAAAAGAAGGCCGACCUGGCAGUUGGAUCGAUGACGAUAAACUAUGCCAGGGAGAGUGUGAUCGACUUCACGAAACCUUUCAUGAACCUCGGCAUCAGCAUUCUCUUCAAGGUACCAACACCUCGGCAGGCUCGUCUCUUCUCUUUCAUGAAUCCUCUGGCAGCCGAUAUCUGGAUGUAUGUUUUCUCUGCCUACGUCUUGGUAUCUGCCACCAUGUUUGUGGUAGCCAGAUUUUCCCCCCACGAGUGGCACAACCCCCACCCCUGCGAAGUAUUCAACGAGCUUCUCGAGAACCAAUUUUCCCUGGCCAACUCUUUUUGGUUCACAAUAGGGACACUCAUGCAACAAGGAUCAGAUCUCAAUCCAAAGGCUACUUCAACCCGAAUAGUCGGUGGUAUCUGGUGGUUUUUCACCUUGAUCAUAAUCUCUUCUUACACUGCCAAUUUGGCGGCAUUCUUAACAGUUGAAAGAAUGAUAACACCAAUCGAAAAUGCUGAAGAUCUUGCUGGUCAGACCGAGAUACCUUAUGGUACCUUAGAAAGUGGAUCAACAAUGACGUUUUUCCGGGACUCCAUGAUUGAGACAUAUAGGAAGAUGUGGCGUUUCAUGGAAAAUCGUAAGCCGUCCGUUUUUGUAUCAACCUACGAAGAUGGUAUACAGAGAGUGUUGAAAGGAAAUUACGCUUUCCUAAUGGAAUCAACUAUGCUCGACUAUGUUGUACAAAGGGACUGUAAUUUAACUCAGAUUGGAGGACUUCUAGAUAGCAAGGGUUACGGCAUUGCAACCCCAAUGGGAAGCCCUUGGAGAGAUAAGAUCUCCUUGGCAAUUCUGGAAUUACAAGAAAAAGGUGAGAUCCAAAUGCUAUAUGACAAAUGGUGGAAAAACACCGGAGAUACCUGCCAAAGGAAUGAUAAAGGGAAAGAAUCUAAAGCAAACUCUUUGGGAGUGGAUAACAUUGGUGGAGUAUUUGUUGUACUUAUGUGCGGUCUAGCUUUCGCUGUGAUGGUAGCAAUUUGUGAAUUUUGUUAUAAUUCGAAGAAGAAUUCCAUCAGGGAGAAGAGAAUGACGAAUCAACAAUCCCUCUGUUCCGAAAUGGGAGGUGAACUAUGCUUUGCUAUGCAGUGUAGAGGAUCAAGACAAAGGCCAGCUUUGAGAAGGGAAUGUUCCAAAUGCCUCAACAAAGUUGCUUACGUGAAAGACGAUAAUAAACAAACUAGCCUGAGUCCCGUUUUGCCAAUUAGUCCUUGAAAUAAUGACGCAAUUUUUCUACUAAAAGUAUUUUCUGUUAUUCUUAAUGAGCAAUAAUUAUAGGAAGAAUGUGUUGUGACCGUGUGAACGAUAUAGGGACGUUUAUUAAAGUAUAUAUGGUGAUUAUGUGAUCUUCAAGAAUGUUAGACUGAACAUCUUCUGAAUAAAGUAUUGAAAUAAAUCGA